GGCGUAUGUAUUUGACAGACAACCAUUUGAGCCAAUAAGGGUACGAUCUGUUCUUGACGACGGUUGGAGGUGGGACUUGCCAACAUUUGUUAUGGAAGAUGUCAUUCGUGAGAGGAGCUAUGAUAACUGCGUCAAAGUCAAAAGUAUUAAGUCUUGCAAGGGCAUCGACUCUUCUGAACAACCUCAAUGUGAGCCAGCAGUUACACCGGCCUCUUCAAAAACCCCUACCCCUUUACACAGCGGGGCUUCAGCGUUUCAGCAGCGCCUCAACCCAUGAGAAGCCAGCGGUGUCAGGUCCAUCCGAAGAUAAAGUACACCUCACUGAGUCAUGUGUGAAGAGACUAGGGGAAAUCAUGGGGAAGGGCGAGUACCUGAGAAUACAUGUGGAGGGAGGAGGCUGCUCCGGGUUUCAGUACAAGUUUUCUGUUGUUAGUAACAAGAAUGAAGAUGACAGCGUGUUUGAGCAGGGAGGAGUGGGCAUUAUUGUGGAUCAGGACAGCCUGGAGUUUGUGAAAGGAGCCACUGUGGACUUCACCCAGGAGCUGAUCCGCUCCACCUUCCUAGUGCUCAAGAAUCCUCAAGCUGAUCAUGGCUGCUCCUGUGGCAGCUCCUUCUCUGUCAAACUAUGACCCUGCUUCCCUGUGUCAAUAUUACUUAAUACCCUGAUUCACCAGUUCAUUAGAAUAUUAGAGACACUUCCUAAUAUAAUGCAAUAUUAUAUUAUUAUAACUACUUCAACAAUUACCAUAGACAUUCUUCAACACGUCUCUGACACAAUGUCAACAAAAACUGAAGACGUUUGACAAAGAUAGAAUUCAUUGGAGGGUUAUUAUAUGGGAUUGCCUUUAACAGUACAUGUGUACCUCAUAAACUGGUGACUCAGGGUAUUAUAUUAUACUGGUCUAUCUCUGAUAUUUUGAAUUCCUAAUUCAAUUAGCUAAUAACUACAUCUAGUGUCACAGUGAAAACGGUAGAUAAUAUUUUUCCUACAAAAACGUGUCGUUUUUUAGGUGUGAAACUACUUGAACUGAAUGAAAAGAAGAGGUAUCGAUUAAUCAUUGUGCUAUUUUGCAGAUAGUGACAGUCAAGAAUGCUCAUUGACAGCUUAUUCACAGUAUUCACUAGUAAUUUGUCAUGUAUUCAAACAAAACAAAGGCUCAGUUGAGGUGUUUUGAGUAUUCAGUGCUUAGAUUUGCCUUUGUGUGUAAAAUAUGUAAAUAGGCCAUAUCUAUGAAGGGCUAAGCUAUAUUAUUUGUUUCAUCUAAAAUAAAAUUGAGUGAAUUUCA